AUGGCCCCGAUUAUUGUCCUCAUCACUGGUGCCAAUCGUGGCUUGGGCCUAGGGCUGGUCAAGGGUUUCAUCGCUAAACCGGACCAUAUUGUUAUAGCUGCUGUCCGUGACCCAGAGCACUCGACCGCUCAGGCACUUGCCGAGCUGUCCACAGGCGAGGGCAGCCGUGUCAUAGUAGUCAAGUAUGAAGCGAGCGUUGAGCAGUCAGCUUUUGAUACCGUCAAAGAAGCCACCGAUCAGGGCAUUAGCCACCUCGACAUUGUCGUCGCUAAUGCCGGCAUUGCCAAAUUAUAUCCACUCGUCAAGGACGUCAAGCGGGCCGACAUAGUCGAGCAUAUUGACGUCAACGUGUUGAGCGCCGUGUCAUUAUACCAGGCUACACGCAAUCUGCUGCAGAAGUCGACCGGAAAGCCCAUCUAUGCCAUUAUGGGGUCCGGGGGCGGUGGUCUCGCACGCCAACCUCCAGUUCCAAAUGCGGCGUAUGGUGCAUCGAAGUCAAUUAUCAACUGGUAUGGCGUUCGCAUCAACGCCGAGGACGAGUGGCUCAAUGCGUUUGUCUUGGAUCCCGGCUGGGUGCAGACUGACAUGGGCAAUGCUGCUGCACAGCUUUGGGGCCUAGAGGAGGCGCCGGACACCUAUGAGAAGUCAAUUACUGGGAUGGUUGAGGUUCUGAGUACAGGCACCAAGGAGCAGUAUGGUGGCAAGUUCGUGAGGUACUCGGGUGAGGUUCAGGAAUGGUGA